AUGAUCCAGGUUCUCAGAGAUUCCAACACCUCUAAGUUCCAGGUCUCCGAGUUCAUCCUGAUGGGAUUCCCAGGCAUUCAUGAGUGGCAGCACUGGCUCUCACUCCCUCUGGCUCUACUCUACCUCUUAGCUCUCAGUGCCAAUAUCCUUAUCCUGGUCAUCAUCAAACAAGACGCUGCACUGCAUCAGCCCGUGUACCAUUUCCUGGGCAUCCUGGCUGUGGGAGAUAUGGGCCUGGCUACUACCAUCAUGCCCAAGAUUUUUGCCAUAUUGUGGUUCAAUGCUAAGGCCAUUAGUCUUCCUGAGUGCUUUGCUCAAAUGUAUGUCAUACAUUGUUUUGUGGGCAUGGAGUCAGGCAUCUUCGUCUGCAUGGCUGUAGAUAGAUAUGUAGCCAUUUGCCAACCCCUACAAUAUCCAUCAGUAAUUACCAAUUCUUUUGUGAUCAAAGCCACUGUGUUCAUGGUACUCAGAAACAGCCUGUUUACCAUCCCAGUGCCUGUGUUGGCUGCUCAGAGACACUACUGCUCCCACAGUCAAAUUGAGAACUGUCUGUGCUCUAACCUUGGAGUCACGAGCUUAUCAUGUGAUGACAGGUUGGUCAAUAGUAUCUACCAGCUAAUUCUGGCUUGGACACUCAUGGGCAGUGACCUGGGUAUGAUUAUUUUAUCUUAUGCCUUGAUACUUCGCUCUGUGCUAAGGCUGAAUUCAGCAGAAGCUGCAUCCAAGGCCCUGAGUACCUGUACAUCUCAUCUCAUCUUAAUUCUUUUCUUCUACACAGCUGUCAUUGUCAUUUCCAUCACCCACAGUAAAAUAAAGACAGUUCCCCUCUUUCCCGUUCUACUCAAUGUAUUACACAAUGUCAUUCCCCCUGCCCUCAACCCCAUGGUCUAUGCACUCAAGAACAAGGAGCUGAGGCAGGGUUUGCACAAAGUGCUUAAACUGUGCAUCAAGAGAAACUAA